GUGUACAUAUACUACACAUAGUAUUUAACUCGAAGAAGAAAGUGCCGAUAUUUCGUGAUAACUGAUUGUAAUAACAUUUGUGUAUAUAUAUAUAUAUAUAUAAAAUUAGGCCUGACAUUAUAUAAUUAGUAAUUUUAAUUAUGAAAAUUGUUUCAUAAUUGCAUAGAAAUAAAGAUAUUAACAAUUUAUUGACUGGCACUUGUACAGUAUUUUUAUAAAAUAAAAAAAAAAUGUCAUUCCGAGGACGUGGUGGUGGAUUUGGUAGAGGAGGAGGCGGUGGCGGAUUUCGUGGUGGAAGAGGUGGAGGAGGAUUCAGAGGACGUGGUGACAGGGGUGGAAAAGGAUUUGAUCAAGGCCCACCAGAGCAUGUGACUCCAUUAGGACAUUUUACAUGGACAGUUCAAGAUGACUUAGUUGCUAAAGUCGACAUAGAACAAGUACCUUUUUUUAAUGCUCCAAUUUAUACAGAAAAUAAACAACAAAUUGGGAAAAUAGAUGAAAUUUUUGGUAAUAUUAGAGAUUAUUAUGUGUCUAUAAAAUUAUCAGAAAAUAUAAAAGCAUCCAGUUUUCAAAAGGAUACACAGUUAUUUAUAGAUCCAAAUAAAUUGUUACCUUUACAAAGAUUUUUGCCUAAACCUCCUGGAUCAGUACAAAAAAGAGGUGGUGGUGGAGGUGGCAGAGGAAUAAAAAGACUUGCUGGUCGAGGUGGUGGUAGACCAUCAUUUGGACGAGGUGGUGGUGGUUUUGGAAGAGGAGGUGGUGGCAGUGGUGGUUUUAAAGGACGUGGUGGAGCUGGUGGUGGAGGAGGAGGGGGAGGAGGAUUCGGACGUAAUAGCUUUAGCAGAGGACGUGGAAAAGGAAAAUGGUAGAAGAGUAAAAUCUGAUAAUUAAAUUUUAUAUAAGGAUGUAUAAAAUGACAAGAAUUCUUUAAAAAAAUUAAAAUAUAGAUAAUUUGUAACAUAUGCACCUGAAUAUAUAUGCUGAAAACAUAUACAAAUAUAAUUUA